AACACUAAGAGCAACAACAACAAAACUUGAAGGGACAGAAGUUUUCUAAACACUAAAGUUUAGGUAACAAACUGUCUCAAAUAAUGUCACCAUAUCGAAUAACAAUAGUUGGAGCAGGCCUGACAGGAUGCAUAACAGGUUGCAGACUGAAAAAAGCCUUCCAGGAUGACAUUAUGGUUACGAUACUCGACAAAAGCCGUGGUGCCGGUGGAAGGAUGAGCACAACCAGGUCACCUUCAAAUCCGCAGCUGACAUGUGAUCUUGGCGCUCAGUAUAUCUCAGCAACCCCCGAAAAUCAAGAGAAGCAUAAAACCUUUUAUAAUCAGUUGUUAACUGAUGGUACCUUGAAGGAGUUUUCAGGCAAAAUAGUUGGCCCAAAUAGAUUUGGAGGAAAUGCAAAACACUAUGUUGCACCAUCUGGAAUCAACUCUGUUGUGAAACACUUUCUUAAAGAGGCAGACUUGACACCAAUGUAUCAGAAGACAGUAGACAAGGUUGAUGUAUCAUCUUUGCCAAAUGGCAAUUGCAAUUUGAAUUUCAAGGAAGGUGGAGAGCCAGUCACUUCAGAUGCUGUAGUAUUUACAAUUCCAGCACCACAGCUGCUUCAGCUCAAAGGAGACAUUCAGCAUCAUCUCAAGGUUCAAAGACCAAAAUUGGAAAAUGUUGUUUAUUCAUCAAGAUAUGCACUUGGCUUGUUUUAUGACAACACAAGCUCAAUAGAAACAUAUUGGGAUUGCAAUUAUGUCACAGAUAAUGAGUGUGUCAGAUUUAUUGGCAUUGACAACAAAAAGAGGGGAAGAGGUACUGAAAAUGGGAAUUCAAUUGUUGUGCAUACUAGCGUUCCUUAUGGAUUGAAACAUCUUGAUGAGAGCAUUGAAAAUGUUGAAUCAUCCAUACGUUCAAAUCUAAAGAAACUUUUGCCAUUCCUUCCUGACCCUACUGCCACAAAAUGUCAGCGUUGGAGGUUUUCACAAGUGUACAAGCCUUUUGAAGGCACUCCAGGUUGUAUAGUGUUGAAUGAGUCUCCCUUAAUAAUUGCAGGAGGUGACAGUUUUAGCUCAUCAAACUUUGAUGGUUGCAUUGAAUCUUCAACAUCUAUUUUUGACUGUCUUAGUAAUCAUAUCAAAGCUAAGCUGUGAAGUGUGGUCAGAUUUUGGUACUAGUAAUUCAAAAAAAUUAUGGGUGGUAUUUUUUUGUGAUUUAUAUGAAGUGUGUCAAAGGUACAAAA